AUGGAGCGGCGCGACGAGGAAGUGGCGCGUGCGCUGCAGCGCGAGGAGCACGAGCGCGCAGCCGACAUCGAGCGCAAGGACGAGCAGCUGGCCCACCUCAUCGCCGUCCAGGAGCGGCGCCAGGAGGCCCUCCGCCGGCGCCGGCGGCAGGAACAGACCAUCGCCGCGGCCGACGAGGCGAGACGGCGGCGCGAGGCCGACGACGCCGAGUACGCGCGUACGCUCCAGGAGCAGUUCGACGCGGAGAAGAAGGGGGACGCGGAGGUGAAGCGCAUGAUGGAGCUGAUGGAGGAGGAGGAGGCCUCGAUGUCGCUCAUCCGCCAGCUGCUCGGCCAUGAGAAGCAGUUCCGGGGCCACCACCACGCUGAGGACUUGAUGAAGCACUCGGACGAUCAAUUGUGCGAGGCGCUGUUUGCCGGGAACAUUAACGAGUUCCUCACGGAGGACACGCGACAGGUGACCGACAUCAAGCGGGUGCUGCAGGUGGAGCUCGUGCGUCGCUUCAUGGCCAAAUGGCUCGAACUCAAGCGCACCUACGGGUCCUACGCGGAGGAGGCGCGGCCGCGGUUGGGGUUCCACGGGACUCCCGAAGCGAACAUCCCCAACAUCCUCCAGCAGGGCCUGCUCGUACCCGGCACCCACGGCGUCAUUAACCGCACUGACGACGGCUAUUACGGGGCGGGUAUCUACCUGUCGCCGGACGCCAGGACCUCGCUCGGCUAUGCGGGCGGGUGCGGCAAGCUGCUGGUGUGUGCGGUGCUCAUGGGUCGCAUCUACAAGUGCGAGGACCUCAUGCACGGCGCCCCUUGCACGCCCGGCUUCGAUAGCCACAUGUCGCCCUGCGAGGGUGAGCUCAUUUUGUUUGAGGCCGCCCAGGUGCUGCCGUGUUUCGUGAUUACCAUCGCCAGCGCCGUGCACCGGCCCAUGCCCACAUCGGCGCCACCGUACCAGUCGACGGCCCACCUCACGGCGAAGAAGGCGGCCAAGGCAAAGGGCGGGCGCACGCCCAAGGCCACCGCCAAGCUGAAGCGUCAGCGGAAGCUCGCGCGUCGCGCCCAAAGAGCGGCCAAGGGCGGACGCAAGAACAAGUGA